UGCCAAGACCCGAAGGGCUGUGAUUAACCGUCCAAGUACAAAAGGACUCCGAAAUGAGCGUACAAGAACCGCUGUGUCCGUUUCUAUCAUAUCUAUGCCUUUCCAUCGUUUCUAUGUCCCCCAAGGGCUCUACUGUUCCUGCGACAAACGGUCUAUCGCCGAGGCUGUGACCGAAGUAUACGUCAAAGCUGGUCUUCCACGCUUCUACGUCGUAGUCAACUUCAUCGAGGUUUCAGAGGAGAACUUCUAUGUCAGCGGAAAACGCGAACGCAAAAGAGACUUCAUGCAGCGAUACGAGAAAGCCAUCGAGCCAUUUACGAAAGGGCGAGGAAUCAGAUGGGAAAUACAGAUCACAGAAAUGGACAGGGAUCUAUGGAACGAGAAUGGCAUGAACCCUCCACUUGGCGGUUCAGACGGAGAGCUACUUUGGCGGAAGCUAGACAGAGCUAUCCCAUAUACUGCUGAGCAUCCGGAAUUGAGAUAG